CACUGCCCAUGCGAUCACAGACGCCAUAGAACAUAUACAAUGUUGAGUCCUCUGACUAUCCAUAUGGGCCAUACCAAAACAUGGCGAGGAAAUAAGUUGAUGCUCUAUAUUUGUCGGAAAAUUAAUUGCCUAAUCAUUGGUACCAACUAUUCUAGCUAAAGUAUCUAUUGUAGAAGUACGAAUCAGCUCCAUGACGCUUAUCGAUCGAGGGUCAAUUGGGACUGCACAGAAACUGUUUGUUUUUUCACGGUCGGUACAGGCAGUGCAAGGCGCGAUCACUGUCAACGCGAAAGGAAUGAAAGUUUGUGUACGGAUAUCGAUCAUUUGACGUGGCUAGCCGUACAUUCCACAUUCCAUUCGUGCGGCUCGCCAUUUGCUACUUCAUUUGUGGAACAUUUUAAGUAUUUGUAGGAUGGAAAUUGCGAGUAGUUAAAAUCCAUGUUUAAGUACAAUAAAUCUUAUUUUUGAUUUGUGCGUGGGUAGCUAGCUAGCGAAUAGCGUUCAUGUUGUGGCAGACUGAAAAGUGACAGCUCUGCUGCGGACCACCUUUGUAUUACGCUGUUAUUAUCUAGCCUGCUAACUUGGCAAGCUAGCUAUCUACUUGUUUAAUCUCACUAACAUUAACAUUACAAUUACAUUGUAUUUGUAGUUAGAAGCAUUCAAAUGAUCUGUCGACGACCUUCAAACAGCAUAUACGCAGUGACGUUAUUGCCAGAAUGAACGCAGUAAGAGAGUGCCGCACACGAUUGGGUCUCUGUAACGCAAUUGAACUUAGUAUACUAGCUAGAUAACUGCGUUUUACCUUGUCAUUUUUGCAACCAUUUGUUUAUGUUCGCUAGUUAAGUUAGCAAGUCGAGUCUCAUCAGGGAUUGAUGUUCUGAGCGGGACUUGACAGCUCAGGACACAGUUAAGUUAAACAUUGGGCCACCUGGAUUUUCUACUGGCUGCUGCUUUUAUUUUGUAGUUAAAUUAUUAGCUAACUAACGUUAGCUACGACUUUUGCCAGCAUGUCUGAAAACGCCACCACACGAAGCUUGGAUGACAUAGACCUCGCAGCUUUGAGGGACCCAGCAGGGAUCUUUGAGCUGGUGGAGGUGGUGGGAAAUGGGACCUAUGGACAGGUGUACAAGGGGCGUCACGUGAAGACAGGCCAGUUGGCUGCAAUCAAGGUGAUGGACGUGACUGAGGAGGAAGAGGAAGAGAUCAAGGCUGAGAUCAACAUGCUGAAGAAGUACAGCCAUCACCGCAAUAUUGCCACCUACUACGGAGCCUUCGUCAAGAAGAGCCCACCUGGACAUGAUGACCAGCUCUGGCUGGUGAUGGAGUUCUGUGGGGCAGGCUCAGUGACAGACCUGGUAAAGAACACCAAGGGCAACUCUCUGAAGGAGGACUGGAUCGCUUACAUCUGCAGAGAGAUCCUCAGGGGCCUCUCGCACCUCCACCAACACAAGGUCAUCCACAGAGACAUCAAGGGCCAGAAUGUGCUGUUGACAGAGAACGCAGAGGUCAAACUCGUGGACUUUGGGGUGAGUGCUCAACUGGACAGGACUGUGGGGCGCAGGAACACCUUCAUUGGCACACCUUAUUGGAUGGCCCCUGAGGUCAUCGCCUGUGAUGAGAACCCCGACUCUACCUAUGACUACAGGAGCGAUAUCUGGUCCCUGGGGAUCACAGCCAUAGAGACAGCAGAGGGAGCUCCUCCUCUGUGUGACAUGCACCCUAUGAGAGCUCUAUUCCUCAUCCCGAGGAACCCCCCUCCCAAACUUAAGUCCAAGAAGUGGUCUAAGAAGUUUAUAGACUUUAUAGAGGGCUGCCUGGUGAAGACGUACACCAGCCGGCCAACCACAGAGCAGCUCCUGAAGCACUCGUUCAUCCGGGACCAGCCCACGGAGCGCCAGGUCCGCAUCCAGCUCAAAGACCACAUCGACCGCACACGCAAGAAGAGGGGCGAGAAGGAGGAGACAGAGUAUGAAUACAGUGGCAGUGAUGAGGAGGAUGAGAACCGUGGGGAAGACAGGGAGUCCAGUACCUCCAUCCUGAAUGUGCCGGGUGAGUCGACGUUGAGGCGGGACUUCUUGCGUCUUCAGCAAGAGAACAAGGAGCGCUCGGAGGCUCUGAAGAGACAGCAGGCCCAGCUGGCUGCCCAGCGUAGAGACCCAGAGGAACACAAGAGACAGCUGCUGCACGACCGACAGAAACGCAUCGAGGAGCAGAAAGAACAGCGCCGCCGCCUGGAAGAGCAACAGAGAAAAGAGCGAGAGAUGGUGAGACAGCAAGAAAAGGGCCCCCAUCGGAGACUUGACGAUAUACGGAGGGAGGAGGAUAGGAGGCUGGCUGAGAGGGAGCAGGAGUUCAUAAGAAAUAAGUUAGAGGAGGAACAGCGGCAGUUAGAAAUCCUUCAGCAGCAGCUGCUUCAGGAGCAGGCACUGCUCAUGGAGUACAAACGUAAGCAGCUGGAGGAGCAGAGGCAGUCUGAGCGUCUGCAGAGGCAGCUGCAGCAGGAGCAUGCCUACCUGGUGUCUCUGCAGCAGCAGCAACAGGACAAGAAGCCCCAGCCCCUCUACCACUACAGCAAGAACCUGGAGCCCAACAACAAGCCCGCCUGGGCCCGAGAGGUGGAGGAGCGCAGUAAGCUCAACAGGCAGGGCUCACCCAAAAUCUGCACCACUGUCUCUGACACUGCCAUCCAAUCACGCUCCGACUCCAUCAGCCAAUCCGGAGGGGGCCAGGCUACUCAGACCCCGCCUAUGCAGCGGCCUGUUGAACCUCAGGGGGGACAGGGCAAGUUCCAGAUGGCCCACUUGGUUCCGCUGAAGCCCUACGCUGCCCCUGUCCCCCGCUCCCAGUCACUGUGUGACCAGCCCACUAAGACCAUGUCCGCCUUCCCCACCCAGGACCCAUCCCCUACCCCCACCCCCCGCCCUGUCCACUCCAGGGACCUGGUCCGACAGAACUCCGACCCCACCUCCGAGAGCCCCGCCCCACAGCCUCGCACAAGGGAGGACCGCGGCCCCUGGAUCCGCCUGCCAGAGAUGGAGCAGCCGCCCAAGAUUCCCCAGAGGACAGCCUCCAUUGCCACAGCUCUCAACACCAACCUUUCGUCUGGCAUCAGGCAUCCAGUCAGAGCCAGCAACCCAGACCUCAGCCGCAACGACCGCUGGGAGAGAGGAGAUAGCAUGCACCUUGUAUCCAAUCUGCCCCAGACUGGCUCUCUGGAGAGGCACCGCAUACUCAGCUCCUCCAAAAUGGACUCCCCCAUACUAGGCCAUGACGGGCGCAUGAAGGGGCACAAGCCAGGGGAGUCUCGCACCUCGUCCCGCCCCAGUCGCCCUGCUAGUUACAAGAGAGCAAUAGGAGAGGACCAUGGGCUGUAUGCUAAGGAGCGCCCUGAGGAGCAGCCCAGACCUCCGGUGAAGGCCAACGACUACUCUUCAUCCUCUGAAGGCAGUGAGAGCAGUGAGGAGAGUGAGAGUGGAGAGGGGAAUGAGGAGGAGGACAGCCCCACAGACCGUCCCCGGGAUGCAGACUCUGACUCAGUCAACACCAUGGUGGUUCAUGAGGAGGAGGGGGAGGGAGGGGAGGAGGGGCAGGCUGGGGGCUACGGGGACCAGACCAUGCUGGUGCAGAGGACACCAGAGAAGCGGAGCCACAAUGGAUACACCAACCUGCCUGACGUGGUGCAGCCCUCCCACUCCCCCACUGACUCCGCCUCCCACUCCUCCCCUGGGAAAGACUCUGUCUAUGAUUAUCAGUCCAGGGGUCUAGUCAAGGCGUCAAGUGGCAAGUCCUCCUUCACCACCUUUGUCGACCUGGGCAUGUACCAACCACCAGGCCCUGUGGAUGCCAUCUCUGUGAGCAGCCUGGGCUCCAGGUUUGAGCAACUGAAAAUGGAGGUGAGGAAAGGCUCCAUGGUGAAUGUGAACCCCACCAACACACGCCCCCACAGCGACACCCCCGAGAUCCGCAAGUACAAGAAGAGGUUCAACUCUGAGAUCCUCUGUGCUGCUCUCUGGGGUGUGAACCUGCUGGUGGGGACAGAGAACGGUCUGAAGCUGCUGGACCGUAGUGGUCAGGGGAAGGUCUACUCCCUCAUCAACUCCCGCAGGUUCCAACAGAUGGACGUCCUGGAGGGACUCAACCUGCUCAUCACCAUAUCAGGUAAGAAGAACAAGGUGCGUGUGUACUACCUGGCCUGGCUGAGGAACAAGAUCCUUCACAAUGACCCAGAGGUGGAGAAGAAGCAGGGCUGGACCACUGUAGGGGAGAUGGAGGGAUGUGUCCACUACAAAGUGGUGAAAUAUGAGAGGAUCAAGUUCCUGGUGAUAGCUAUGAAGAACGCGGUGGAGGUAUACGCCUGGGCUCCCAAGCCUUAUCACAAAUUCAUGGCCUUCAAGUCCUUUGGUGACCUGCCCCACAGGCCCCAGUUGGUUGACCUCACAGUGGAGGAAGGACAGAGGUUGAAGGUCAUCUACGGCUCCAGUGCUGGCUUCCACGCUAUCGAUGUCGACUCUGGGAACAACUAUGACAUCUACAUCCCAGUGCAUAUCCAGAUCCAGAUAAUGCCACAUGCCAUCGUGUUCCUGCCCAGCUCAGACGGCAUGGAGAUGCUGCUGUGCUACGAGGACGAGGGAGUCUACGUCAACACCUACGGACGCAUCAUCAAAGAUGUGGUGCUGCAGUGGGGCGAGAUGCCCACCUCCGUUGCACAUAUCUGCUCUAACCAGAUCAUGGGCUGGGGAGAAAAGGCCAUAGAGAUCCGUGCUGUAGAGACAGGCCACUUGGACGGAGUCUUCAUGCACAAGAGAGCCCAGAGGCUCAAGUUCCUCUGUGAGAGGAAUGACAAGGUGUUCUUUGCCUCUGUGCGCUCCGGAGGCAGCAGCCAGGUCUACUUCAUGACCCUGAACAGGAACUGCAUCAUGAACUGGUGAAGCAACAUAGUCCCAUACACAGACACAAAACAUAUAUAUAUAUAUAUAUAUAUAUAUAUAUACACAUACACACGCACGCGCGCGCUCGCCAACACACAAGCAUACUGUAAAUCCAUUCCAGCCUAAAGCUUCACAACAAUGAGUCCAUCUCACCUGCCAUCUUCUGACUCCCCUGGUCUGAUUGAUCUCCCUCUGGAAUGGUAGCUACCUAUGAGACAUCACUACAGGCUUCUAAUGUAGUAUCUCUACUUUGUACUGUAUAUACUUGUCCUGUUUUGUUGUACCUCAGUCAGUUGGUGCGCCUGUGUUUUAGUUGUAAACUACUGUAGUUAGUUCCUUCUUAUUAGGGGGAUGUUAAAAACAUUCCUUCCUGGUGAAAUACAUUUGAAAGAAAGCAAGGUUCAACCAAUAUAAGUCCAGAUUGAAUUGUAAAUAGACGGUAUCUAACAUGUUUAAAUGGAAGAUAACAUGGGUCACCGGCAGACGUGUAUAUAACACCUCCAUUCAGGGUGUGGCCACUGACCUGAUAUAUAUACUGCACUGGCACACCCUAAUGUAUUGUUGCAACACUCAAAAUGCUUCAGAUUCCCUAUGGUUUAAUUAUUCAACUCAUCAUUCAAAAAGAAAAAUAGGUAUUUGAUUUGAUUUUUUUAAACUCCUCGGAAGACAGACUAUCCAUUAUGUGUACAUAGUAACAUCCUAGUCCCUGGUAAAAAUGGAACAUAUUGCUGUGUUCUAGCGUCAUGCUUUCAUGUGUCUUUAUUCUCCCCUUGUUUCAUAUCAGGGAUGGAGCUAUUUACCAUUUUAGGAGCCUAUCGAACAGACUUAUGAUAUUAAACUUUUCUCUUGUUAAGAAUUUAAACAAUAUCACUACAAACAAUUGAUAUUAUCUGUACUGUUUCUGUAUUUGGUAUUAGCCUAACUGGCAUUCUUACUUUUACUCUCUACUGUUAUAUUGCCGUUAUAUUGCAAUAUAUAUGCUGUUCUAGUGCAGUUCUUGUUCCGAGAGGGGAGGUUAGGUUGAAUUAAUUUGUUGUGUGUAAAAUGUACCAGAGGUAGGCAGUGAGGUGACUUAAGAUGUGGGGGUCGAGGGGUGAUGAAGUAUGAAGGUUUUGAUGUGACCGUAAUAUAGAGGACAUAGGAAUUGGGUGAGCGAGUGAUGUGCUUGUUAGAAUAUUAUAAUGGCAGCAGGUGUCCAUGAUCCUUACCUGGGGGAUAGUGAUGGGGUUCAGGCUCUCAUCUGGCGGCUGUAAUCCAGUGAAAAAUAGUUCCCUCUUGCUAGAUCUACUCUGUCUGUAACCUCUGUUAUUGAUGUAUUUUAUGUUCAUUGGUAUGGAUCUUGUUACGUUUGUACUCAGAUGUUGGUUUGUAGGGAUGGGGCUGCAGUGGAUAAUACUGAGCUAUCAGUGUGGUUCCAAGCAAUAGCUGUGUGAUUCUUGAGCCAGUGUUGAAAUCCACUCACUGAUGCUUUAGCAGGCCCAGUUUUGUGUCAUAUUUGUCUCUGCAAUACUGAACCAGAGGACUCAAACUCAUUGGGCACUUUCAUUUAUCAUCUUACUAAACUAGUUGUAAGGCAACAAGUUGUUGAAUAUAGUGUAAUUGCUAUUGUUUUCCCUACCAAAGUUCCCAAUUGUCCUCUGGACAUACAUGAAUCUGCUUUGAUUCUUUUAGAGAUCAGGGGAAAUGCUUAAGCUGUGGGUAUGUUAUGUAGUUUAUGCUAAAUUAAUGUUAUAUAUAUUGUAACAUUAAAUAUAUAUUAAAAUAUAUAAGGAAGUAAAGAACAGAAUCGAUUGACACACUUUUUAGUUCAGUUACAAUUUGUCUAUUUUACUCUUAUGUGAGCAUGCUUGCAUGCACAUGUCUGAGCUUUUUAUCCUGUAUCACAAUUGCGUAUCAAUUCUUAGAUGAGUUUCUCGCUAGCCUAGUGCAUUCAAUAUCAGCUGUGUGCCAUUUGUGACUGAUAUCGCAAAUAUCACAUUUUACACACACUCAACAAGUUCCUCUGGCAGCUGUGAAAAAGUCCUCAUAUCUUAGUUAGCCAAACUGCCAUGUUUACAGUUUAAGCAGUGCCUUGGAGUAGGGAAGAGACUGGGAGAUGGGUGUUGGGGGAGGGGUGAAUAUGACCCCCCACUCAAUCUUCUAACUCUGAACUUCAUGAAGAAGAGGUGUUACUGACAGACGGAACAACAUAAUAAAUAGUUGCCUCCCUCGUUAAGAAUGGUGUUCUGUGCCAAUUAAGUGCACUUAAAUAGAAACCAGAACGUCCCAAUACGUUUCAACAACUUUUAAUGUUUUACAUUGUCAAUGAUUCUAUAUUUCAUUCUGUAAUAAUAACUGCAAUGUUUGCCUACUGCUCUUUAAACAUAGAAUGGACUCCACCAGUUACAGGGAUUGUAUCUGUUGCCACCAUGUGGAAAAGGGAACAUUCUCUAGAGAAUUUCAACCAUCGUUAAUUUCAGAUGCAUACAAUCUGCUUGUAUGACACAUUCAUGUGACUAGAAUAUAGGCACAGGGAGAAUGUGCAGUUGAUGGCAGCAAACCAAUUUGGAAUGUAGAAAAUGAUAUGCCUAUAAAAAUGCAUCUCUUGAUUUGAUGGUUCUCUAGACGGUGGGAGGGGGGCCAAAAUACCAUAGAAAAGCCAUAUGCUACUUCACAUUUGUUGCGAAUAGUUUAAUAGUAUUUCAUAUGUUGAAAUGAAACUGAAGCCAGUGACCUGGGUUUUGUUGUGUGGUGUUAGAGGGGCUAGAAACAUGGCGAUAAAGAAGCAGGUUUUUGCUGGUGGUCAAGUGUGUGGACUGGCUGAGAUGCAGUGGGAAAGUAACCAACUUAAUAUAUUCUGAAAGGACUAUUUUAUUAAAGGAUAUGUAAAUUAUAUUGAGAGAUUUAAAUAAAUGAAUGUAUAUCUAUAAAACAGAUUUCUAUAACAUACUUUACUGUCUGGUAUAUUAAUUCAUCUAAGCACAAUGUAUUCUAAUCUACAGUAGUGAGGGGAAAGCUAUGAAUGUGGGUGUACGUUAAGACUGAAUGUUUGGACUGUUUUGGGGGGUGUGACAGAUGCAUGAGAGUGAUGGCUGAGCUGCGUGUCUUUCCAGGUGAAGUACAGAUUCCUCUUGAUACAGCCUAACUAGUAGUCAUGCUAUUGGUUGAGAGGGAGUGACCAGUCUAUUGAAGACAUGUACUAUUCGAUGCAGGAGUAGCCAGCUGAGACAGAAAGGUGGGUGGAUGGAGAGGGUCAACAAUUUGUCAUCAAGUGAGCCAUCUAAUUUUUGUAUAGCAACGUUUCUAUUGUCAAUCCUAAAUAUAAAGUAUCAGUCAAGUGUAGUGUUACGACAAAGUUGUAACAGUAAAAUGGCCUUUGUUACAUGAAUCAAAAAUGUUCAGCCCCACAAAACAGAGGCAUAUCACGAAGGCUGUCCUUGCCAUAUCAAACGUUGACACUUCUCCUUCAUAAGCAAUAUGAGUGUUAAAUUGAAUUCUCUGCUGUCUCUGUCUGUGUGACUUUGGUGGGAGGGUGUUUAUCGUGGCCUUUAGCAAACUGAAUGUAAGAUGGACUGUUUGUCUGUAUCUCAUAAUUGAGAGAUACCCAUACACUGCUUAAUCUGUUUUUUUUUGUCUUAAUCCCAAGAAAAUCUACUUUGUAAUCCACAGUCAGCAUAAUACACAAACAUCACUAACAGUUGUGAUGCUAGUUUUGCAUUGAUGCGUUUAUCCAGUAAUUGCCUUCAUGAGGAGGAUGAAUAAAUUAAUGAUAAAUGAUAAUCAGUUGGGUGGGUUUCCUGCUUCUGUGUAGUGUUUUAUUACCUGCCUCUUGCUAUGGAGGCAAUGACCUGCUCCACCCAAUGUAGUCACACACUAAUCAGACUCUCCAUUCACAUAUAUUAUAUAGUAAUACUGUACAACAGGGCUUUUGCCCUAGUACUACACAUCUGAUUCAAAUAAUCAAAGCUUGAUGGUUUGGUUAUUUGAAUCCGCUCUGUACUGCUAGGGCAAAAACCAAAAUGUGCCCCAGGACCGAGUUUGGGAAUCCCUGCUGUACAACAUAAUCUUGGAUCUUGUCGAAUAAGAUUAAAGUAUGAAUGGAUUUGUGAUUUUUAAUAGGUGCUUGUGGGAACCAGUACAGGUGAACAUCUGAAAGCUGAAAAAGCUGUUUUCUUUGGACGGGUCUAUAAUCUCUUCUACUUUUUUUUCUUCAAUCUCUUGUUUUUGAGAAAUGAAAUGUCUUUUACCAUGUUUGUUUAGUGUUUCUGUUUUGAGGGGUUAACUUCAGAUUGUAUUAGACUGAUGAACUUUAAUAUUUUAAAAGAUUGUGUUGAAUGAACUCAUGAGUCUGUAAAAGUCUUGAUGAAGAAUUGUUUGAAAAAUAAAACUAUAUUGAUCUCAUCUUAAA